CACUCUCUCUCUCUCUCUCUCUCUCUGGCGUGAGCGUGUGUUAGAAAAAAGGAGAUCCCACCAUCAAACACUUAGCUCUACAAAUCCUUCAUAUUGCUCAGACACUGAAAACACAAAGCAAACAAGAAAAGAAGACCAGGCCAAAAGAAAUAAAGAUGGUUGCAGCAGAGAAGCCCCAAAAGCACCCGACAAUGCAAGAGGUGGUGGAGGAGCUAAAGAGAAUGACCGGCAUAGGAUUCCCUUUAGCAGCCACAAGCUUGGUGAGCUAUCUGAAAAACAUGGUCUUAGUCGUGUGCAUGGGAAGACUAGGAAGCCUAGAGCUAGCAGGAGGGGCUUUAGCUAUUGGCUUCACCAACAUCACUGGCUACUCAGUCCUCUCAGGCCUUGCCAUGGGCAUGGAGCCCCUUUGCAGCCAAGCGAUUGGUUCAAGAAACUUCUCCAUAGUAACUCUUACUUUACAAAGAACAAUUCUCAUGCUACUUCUUGCUUCAUUCUCCAUUGGAUUAAUAUGGAUGAACCUUGAACCUCUCAUGCUUAUCCUUCACCAAAACCCAGAAAUAACGAGAGUGGCAAGUCUAUAUUGCCGCUUUGCUAUCCCUGAUCUCAUUGCCAAUAGCCUUCUUCAUCCCCUUCGUAUUUACCUUCGUAGCAAAGGCACAACAUGGCCUUUAAUGUGGUGCAAUCUACUAGCAAUUCUUCUACACAUUCCUAUCACCAUCUACUUGGCCUUCACACUUGGUCUUGGGGUACGAGGAAUAGCAAUCUCAACAUUUGUAACCAACUUCAACACCCUGUUGUUUCUAAUUUGUUACAUUUUCUACACUCGUACCCCUGAGGAUCCUUUGUACAUGCCAAUGUUAUCACAACCUUUGCCUUUUCCGUUUCCUUUUACUACUUCCACAUCAUCACAAAGAGAGGAGUGGGCUACGUUGCUUGGAUUUGCUGUACCAAGCUGUCUAGCUGUUUGUCUAGAGUGGUGGUGGUACGAGUUUAUGACAAUCCUAGCUGGCUACCUUCAAAAUCCAAGAGUGGCACUUGCAACAUCAGCUAUAGUAAUACAAACCACAUCACUCAUGUAUUCAUUACCAACAGCACUGAGUGCAUCAGUAUCAACCCGAGUAGGGAAUGAGCUUGGAGCAAAUCGACCAGAUAGGGCCCGUUUGGCCACAAUGGUAGCCAUAGGAUUGGCCCUACUGAGUUCAUUAGUGGGCUUGUUAUGGACCACUCUUGGAAGAGAACCAUGGGGAAGAGUGUUCACAAAGGAUAAUGAGGUUCUCGAACUAACUAUGACUGUGCUACCUAUAAUUGGACUAUGUGAACUAGCAAAUUGUCCACAAACCACAAGUUGUGGGAUACUGAGAGGAAGUGCUAGGCCAGGUAUCGGGGCAGGAAUCAAUUUUUAUUCUUUCUACUUGGUGGGUGCACCCGUAGCUAUAGUCUUAGCCUUUGUUUGGAAGCUAGGGUUUGUGGGUCUUUGUUAUGGCCUUUUAGCAGCUCAGAUUGCAUGUGCAGUCUCUAUCUUAGCUGUGGUGUUCAACACUGACUGGGAGAGAGAAUCUUUAAAAGCCAAAGACUUGGUGGGAAAGACUAGCAUUAGUGAUGCAUCUUCACUGGCAGACCAAACAGUCAAACAAGAAGAAGGUGGUACUGAUCUUGGGUUUCUCAAAGAAAAGGAAUUUGAAAAGUGAAAAGAAAAAAAAAAAAUCAAACACAGAUUUGAGGAACAACAAGCAGCAGAAUUUGGAUUUUAACAUGACAAAUUCAACAUACACUUUUAUUUUAUCAAGCCACCUUAUAUGUACGUGUCCCUUUUGCUUUGUCUUUUUCUAAUAUUUAUUUUUGUCUCUAUUGUCUAUCUCCAUGCAUAUUGGUCUGAUUAAAAGUUGGGUUGUAAGCAGAUGUUGCUAGAGUGACUAGAUACUAUAUAUUCUUUUUCUUUUUCUUUUUCUUUUU